GGUGAAGCACUGAUUUCCCGGCUCUAGAAAGUGCAGCUGCCAGUAUACUCUGUACUAGUCCUGUAGACGACAUAGUAGGGACUAAGCAAAAAUGAAAAUGUGCUGACUGCACUGUUAAUGCACAAAAAUGGCUGGGCCGCUGCUUUCCGGGAAAGUGAAGGCGGUUCUGUUCGAUGUAGGUGGAGUCCUCUUCUCGCCGCCACAGUUCGCCAUCGCUGAGGUGGAGAGGGAGCACGGACUACCUCUGGGCACUUUGGUGUGAGCGUUUGUGGCCGGAGAACCUAACAAUGCCUUCUGCAAGCUGGAAAGAGGAGAACUGACGCUCUCACAGUUCUUUCCAGAGUUUGAGAGUGAGGUGGAGAGAGUGGUGGAGUCUCACGGCUCCACUGUGCCCGCUGGGUUCUCAGCCUCGGUUCUGUUCCAGAGAAUGUCCAGCUCAGUGAGACCUGUACCUGCCAUGGUCAGAGCUGUGGACACCAUACAGCAGGCUGGCUAUAAGACUGGGGUGAUCACUAACAACUGGAUUGAUGAGAAGACCAAUAAACUGAUGACACAGUUUCUCAACAGACAUUUCGACGUUGUUCUCCAGUCAUGUCAACUGGGGAUCCGUAAACCUAAUCCUCUCAUAUAUCGACUGGCCUGUCAUAGACUGGAAGUCCAGCCUUCACAGGCAGUGUUUCUGGAUGACUUGGGUCGUAACGUGAGAGCUGCCAGAGACGUUGGCAUGACUGCAGUGAGGGUGAGAGAGACACAUCAGGCUCUCAGAGAACUGGGGACGCUGCUGGGAGUGAGGCUGGCAUUUGAGAAGACUGAUAGUAGUAGUAGCUCUAGUCAUGUCUCACUAAAAUCUUUGCGUAAACGUAAUAUCGCAUGAUUAUAUGGCAUGCCAACAUUAUGCGCGCGGAGCC